UUUGUCACCCUUGCAGACCCCUGUCUCAUAGUGAUGCCGCCAUGCAUGGGCGAGGCCGACCGCUUCAGUCUGGAGGCGCUACGGCACAUCCACAAACAGCUGGAUGACGACAAUGACGGGGGAAUAGAGGUCAAUGAAAGCGUGGAGUUUAUAAUAGAAGACAUGAAGCAGCAGCAAACCAACAAACACAGCAACCUGCACCGUGAAGACCAGCACAUCACUGUGGAGGAGCUGUGGAAGGGCUGGAAGACCUCCGAAGUCCACAACUGGACCAUGGAGGACACGGUGCAGUGGCUGAAGGAGUCGGUGGAGCUGCCGCAGUACGAGAAGAACUUCCGGGACUUCCGGGUCACGGGGAACACCUUACCUCGAAUGGCAGCAAAUGAACCGUCAUUUAUGUCGAUGCAGCUGAAGAUAUUAGACCAGCGGCAUAAACAAAAACUAAACCUAAAGGCGCUGGAUGCAGUGCUGUUUGGUCCUCCUCUCCGUCCACAACAUAAUUGGAUGAAAGACUUCGUCCUAAUGGUUUCCAUAGUGAUCGGUGUUGGGGGCUGCUGGUUUGCCUAUGUGCAAAACAAGUCCAGCAAGGUGCACAUUUCUCAGAUGAUGAAGGACCUGGAGAGCCUGCAGAACGCGGAGCAAAGCCUCUUAGACCUGCAGAGCCGGCUGGAAAAAGCUCAGGAGGAGAACCGGACGGUGGCGGUGGAAAAGCAAAACCUCGAGCAAAAAAUGAGGGAUGAAAUCAACGGGGCCAAAAAGGAGGCUCACAGGCUUCGAGAGCUGCGAGAGGGAGCUGAAUGUGAGCUGAGCCGCCUCAAAUACGCCGAGGAGGAGCUAGUGCAGGUGCGUAAGGCUCUGAAGCGAGCGGAGAAGGAGAUGCAGUCGGAGCGCUCGGUGCCUGAAGCUCUUCAGAAGUGGCUCCAGCUCACACACGAGGUGGAGGUUCAAUACUACAACAUCAAGAAACAGAACGCAGAGUUUCAGCUGUGCGUCGCCAAAGACGAGGCAGAGAAAAUAAAAAAGAAGAGAAGUUCUGUGUUUGGAACUCUUCACGUAGCCCACAGUUCAUCACUGGAUGAGGUGGACCACAAGAUACUAGAAGCAAAGAAAGCCCUGUCAGAGGUGACGGCGUGCCUGAGGGAGCGGCUCCACCGCUGGCAGCAGAUCGAGAAGCUUUGCGGCUUCCCUGUUGUCAACAACUCUGGGCUACCGAGCCUGACGGCCAGCCUCUACUCCGACCACAGCUGGGUGGUCAUGCCGCGAGUGUCGGUGCCUCCCUACCCCAUCGCAGGAGGAGUGGAUGACCUGGACGAGGAUACGCCUCCCAUCAUUCCCCAGUUCACGACGGCUACGAUGAUCCGGCCUUCGCUGACACGCAGCAGCAGCCUGUGUCGUUCCCGCCGGAGCCUGCUGAGCUCCCCACAGUCCUCGCUGAUGUCCCCAGACCCCGACCUGCUGUCCAUGGCCAGCUCGUCCCUCUCCUAUCACCCCGAGGCAGAUGACGAACAUAUCAUGUUCAGCUCGGAUAGGAGGGGGUAUGUAGCGGUGGCCGGAACACCGCGGAAUGGUUUUACAGUUUGGACUCACAGGGAACCGGCUCAGGAGGGCAGCUCCGACACAGACUCUCUCAACUCUUCCUUGGGCCGCAAGCAGAUGCACAACCCCUGCACGCCAGGAUCGGAGACCCCCUACCGUAAGAUCUCCCGCGAGGAGCUGCUGCUGUUCAGCCAAAGUUCGGAUCUUUCCGCGUCCACCCCCACCACCACCCACACCAGCAGCAGCAGCAGCAGCAGUCUCAGGGACUCCAAGCCGCCUCCUCCUCUCCCUCCAACUCCGGCCACCACCCCCUCAGGCCCGCCCUCCACCUCGCCCUCCCCGGCCUUGGAGCACCACCCAUUUGCACACAGAGGCUCACCCGACCUCACCCGCAUCAUCCCGGAGUCCCAAAGCGUAACCUUCUCGCAGGGGAACGUCACCUCUGCGACAGGAAAGGGCAUGUACAACGGCAUCCUGGAGAAGUCCUACAGCUUCGGUCAGCUGCCUGCGAGCAUGCUGCCCAACGUGGGGCGUUACCCGUCUCUCACCUCCCUGGACUCGGAGGGCCGAAGUGUGGGAAGGGAACACAAGCUCCAGAGCACCUCCUCCCAGGACUCCAGCGACAAUGGAGAGAAAAUCAAGCGCUCCUCCUCUAAAUUAAAAAGUCUAUUUAAGAAGAAAAAAUAAAACUUGCAAAGUGAGAUAGUGAAAGAGAGAGAGAAAUAA